AUGAUUGUCCCGAACCCAUUAGGGCUCUAUUCCGUUCCUGAAGAGGCGGGAAAGGUGUUUAUUGAAGGCAUUGCCAACAAUCCUAAACUAACAAGCCUUCUUCCAGAAGAUGUUUUCGCAUUCGCUAGCAGGAUCAAACUGGUCGGCAAUGAUUCUCCCAGCAUUCCGAUCAACUGGCGCUUCGCUGAAUCGGCAACGGCCCUGAAAAUGUUGGAAGCAUGCAUGAUCGCGAAGCUAGUCGAAAAGAAAUAUGGCACCAAAUUGUCCGGCGCCACCAUCAACACAGAUCACGCCAGCCUUUUUCUCAUGUCCACCUUACUCUACACUGUCUACCCCGAUACCGAGGAUGCGAUUCCAGGUACUCUAGCAGGGCCGGAGCUCGCGAGACUGGAUGCGAAAAUACCCAAUUAUGACUUUCGACAGAUGCAAUCGUCGCGGCACCGAAUUUGCGCCACGAGCAUCUACAAGACGAAGGACCACCGGUAUUUCCAUAUUCAUGGGAGCAUGGAUCCCAACCCCACACUCGAAAGCAUUGGCCUUCCCAUGGAUUCUAAAGCAACAACAUGGGAGGAAGCUCGCGCGCCCUUUAUCGAGAAGUUAUCACAGAUUGAUAGUCAGGAGAUGCAACGGCUUGCGACAGACGUCUACGGACAGGCAGGCGUGAUUUGCGAAUCCAUCUCAUCCUUCCGAGAUUCAGAACACGGUAAAGCAAACGCACACGUCGCCCUCUUUGAGAUCCACGAUGCUCCUAACCCGGCACAUCCGCCUUCCUGGUGGCCCGACAGCCCACAGACGUCGAGCAAACGGCCCCUUGCAGGUCUCAAGGUGGUAGAUCUAACACGGGUUAUUGCGGCUCCGGCGGUCACACGAGGAUUGGCGGAACUAGGGGCAUCUGUCAUGCGGGUAACAUCGCCGAAUCUCGUCGAUUACUCUUACCUUCACAUUGACUUGAAUUGGGGCAAAUGGAACUCCAGUGUGGAUCUCAAGACCGAGGAAGGGAAAAAGUUGCUCCGCGAUCUUAUCCUUGAUGCCGAUGUGGUUAUCCAAGGCUAUCGACCCGGCGUGCUCGAUAAAUAUGGCUUCAGUCAACAGGCCAUCAUCGAUCUUGUCGCCUCUUCGGGACGAGAACGAGGAAUCAUAUCAGCGCGCGAGAACUGCUACGGAUGGAACGGACCAUGGAGCCAGCGCAGUGGCUGGCAGCAAAUCUCCGAUGCCUGCACUGGAGUUUCUUGGGCCUUUGGCAAGGCCAUGGGCCUAGAGAAUGGAGAACCGGUCACUCCAGUGUUCCCAAAUAGCGACUAUAUGACCGGCAUCGCCGGUGUGGUCGCGAUUCUGACCGCACUGCUCCGUCGAGCAGACAAGGGAGGAAGUUAUAAAGUGGACUUGGCCUUGAAUUACUACAAUCAAUGGCUCGUGGAGAGUGUCGGGGAGUACCCCGCUCACGUAUGGGAAGACGUGUGGUCGCGACAUGGUAAAAAAAUAUUCAGGUGUUACCACAACAUGCCAUUUCUGGUUCCCGCGUACAUCGAGAUGCUCCGGUGCAAUUCCUCUGCCGAACUUUUCGACCCAAAAUUCUUUGAAGACAGAUACAGCGGUGCAAUUGAUGCAGUGAUCCGGACCGUGAGACCCAUCAUACAAUUCGACAAGGAUGAGGUGGAGUUGAAGUACAAUGUCGGCACUCGAGGGAAUGGGAAGGAUACACCUAGAUGGCCUCAAGAUCUGGGGGUAGAAGUUGUAUCGUAA